GAAAAUCGGGAAAUAAAUAAAGUGAAUUAAAUUAAAUUAAAUUCAUCUCCAGCCGGACCAAAGUGUGCUGCAACAUGUGCGGAGGAUUCACCUGCUCGAAGAAUGCGCUCAUAGCGCUCAACAUUUUGUAUGUGAUGAUUGGUUUCCUGCUGAUUGGCGUGGGGGUCUAUGCGCGGGCCGCCUCCAUUGUCACCAAUCUGCCCAUUGUGGGCGGCAUCCUGGCUUGCGGCGUAAUACUCAUCUGCAUCUCCAUGCUGGGCCUCGCCGGCGCUGUGAAGCACCAUCAAGUGAUGCUCUUCUUUUACAUGAUCAUCCUGUUUAUGCUCUUCCUCAUCCAAUUCUCCAUUGCCAGCUCUUGCCUGGCCGUCAAUUCCGAGCAGCAGCAGCAGUUUGCCGAGCAGGGAUGGAUGACAGUGCCCCCAGAGUUGCGGCAACAGGUGCAGGAGAGCCUCCACUGCUGCGGCUUCAAUGCCACCAGCAGCAUCAAUCUCCCGACGUCUCCCUUGGCUCCGACAGACGAACCCUCUUGUGAGCUGGUGAAUCGAAAGUGCUGCGAACAGUCGAACGAUGUGGAUUGUCAUUGCCCCGCUUGUGGUCCCAUGCUGGAGGACAAGAUCGACUAUGCGUUCAAGCUGUGCGGCGGUCUGGGCAUCUUCUUCAGCUUCACCGAGGUCUUGGCCGUUUUCCUGGCACGUCGCUAUCGCAAUCAACACGAUCCCUGCUAUCUGCCUGCCCGCGCCGUAUUUCCACACAACUAUCUGUACUGAUCGGCCCAAGGAUAUGGUUAAGGAUUGAACAAUAUGGAUACAGGAACGAUACAUGGUGCAUUUUUAGUCAAAGGGACGAAGGCUGAAUACUCUUAUUUGUACAACAUAUGCGCGUACGUUUCCUAGCAAGAAUCGAAUACCAUACUCGAACAAGAGAUUACCCGAAAGCAGGGGAGAGAGUGCUCAAUGCUGCUACUGCUGCUGCUGCUAAUUUUUAAACAAUUUUUAUUGUAUAUGUAUAGUUUAUUUGAAUUGCACAAAGAUGGGCGCGGGAUAUGUACCGCCCCUAAAAGAGAUUAUGUUUAGCUGUAAUGUUUUACUCUAAGUUAAGUUGUGCUGUUUUCCACACCUUUGUUAGCUAUUUUGAAAGCCUUUCUUUGCAACUCGCAACAAUCAUGAAUGACUCAACUGCUGUACCACGAGAGAAACUACGACAAGAGAAACAUUUCGGAAACCUGAUCUUCAAGUAGAAUCUUACAACCAAGUCAACAAUUGUAACUAGCAACCUAGUAAGCAACUAAAACUAAACUAAACCUAGACAUAACGCAACGUAACACAUCAACCUAUAUACAUACAAAACGUGUUUGCAUAUUCAACAAUACUCUCAAUGUUAGUUGUGUGUUAAUGAUCCAAAAGAACAAAAACGAACAAAAAAAUGAAAACAUUAAGUAACCCAACUACAAAAUAUACAUGUCAACAAUUAUAUACAAAUCUCUAAAAGAUAGACAACCUCCUACCGCGCAUAGGCACACUGCUCUUUUCCACAGUUUCUGCUCUGUUUUUCCGCACUUGCUUGACUUUCUCUGCCACUUUUCUCCCUCUCUCGCUAUCCGUCUCGUAAUUUACAGAACAAACACACAUCACACCACGCUUCCUCCUUUCACACACACACACACACAACAUAUGGAAAUAGUUUUCCCUUGUCUCCACGUUUCCAGUUUCCUUUCGAGCGACAAAUAAACCAUUAGAUAAUAUUCUCUGUAUUCUGUGCUGUGAUUGAAGUAAAUAUGAUCUUUAAAACAACAACAAAA